AUUUAUAGAAAAAUUUUUCGGAAAACUUAUUUUUAAAACAUUUUGUUUUGCAAAUAAAUUAAUUAACAUCCAUAAGAAGAUAUGAGAACUGACUUGAAUUUUCGACAGCUAAUUGACCUCGCCAUUGGUUCGCCGGAGCCAGGGCAUGUAAAUUUUUAUGCGCUUCACAUUUUGCUUUCUUCUUUUGCGGAAAAGUUGAAUAUCAUCGAUGAGCCCGUGGACAAUGAAAAGUACGAAACUGUUAUGAGCAGUGGCAAGUUCGGAAGUGAAUUAUAUGAUGCCACUUCACUUGCUAAAACUUCUUUCCAUAAACAUGCCAAGAAUACAAAACAUUCAAGUAGAAGGCAGUCAGGUGGCGCUGAUCCUGAUGAGCCAGUUACUGUGGAGGAAGCUGACAUUGAAGAAGUAGUAACAGAAGCGCAAACAAAUGUAGUGGAUACAAUUGAGCCUGAAGUGGAAGAGGAUGUCCCCAUCGAGCAGGCUCCUAUCGUUGAAGACCAGCCCCCUGUAGAAACAAUCGAACAGCAACAGUCUGAGAAAGCAUUAGACUUAGAAUCUAUUCCUCCAGUAUCUGAAUACAAAGAGGAGGAAGCUGUUGAACAAGCGCUUGAGCAAAAACCGCCGUCUGGCGGAGAGUUAGAGGUUGCUAACCAAGUGGUACAAUUACAAAUACCAGAAGCCAUCUAUCGCGGCACUUCAAUUAUGAAAGAUCAGCUGGAAUUAGCCAUGGAGCAGGUGCGCAUUUUAGUUACGAUUGCUAUAAAUAAAAAAACCACAAAUGCACAAUUGGAUAAGCUGAGCUUAUUAUUGCCAAAGAUGCUCGCAAUUCGGAAGGAAAAUAUAUACAUUGAAAAUGCAUUUGGCUUCCGUAUAUCUGAUGCUUUCCCUGACACCGAACCGGACCGUGCAGAAGAUGGCGAAGAUGAAGGAGAAGAAGAAACUGAUUUGCCAAGCGAUCCGUCUAUUAAAUCGCCUUUGACAUCGCAUACGGAGCAACCGCCGCCGCCACCGCAACAUGAAGAGUAUGAUUUGGACAUGCACCUGUGCUACUCACCCGACAAACUUCUAGAUCAAUUGAUGGAUCUUAAGGCGGAGUUCUGUCUGCUUACCAACAAAGUGAAUGAAAUAUCAGCUACGAUACUGGAUCAGGAUUGUCAACGCACAACAAUGCACAUUGCGGAUCUGCAGGAGCAAAUGAAAGAUGUGAAAUUCUAUGUUUCCAGUUUGCAAGAGGCGGCAGAUCGAAUAGAAUCAAAAAAUGCAAGCAACAGUAAUACGCUCGAAGAACUAAGCAAGAGUUUGGAGGAUAUGAUGAACGAAAAGAUCGACAAAAGUGAAAUCGAGAUUAUUUUGGCUGACAAAGUUGACUACAAUCAAUUGCAGCGUAAAGUCUCGCAAGAACAAAUGCAAGAGCUGCAAUGUCGUUUAGAAAAGCGAUUCACUGAAGUUCACCAACAGAUUAAAUUGAACGACAAAAAUAUGUACCAAGCGGUAGACAAUAUGCGCACCUCACUCGGUCUGGCUUCGGUGGAUGAUAUACUGAAUCGUUUCAAAGAGAAAAUAGAGGCAAAAAUCCAGGUAAUACAGGAAACACUCCAAAAAUACAUGGACGCUACGAAUGAUGAGUGUGCCGCAGCUGGUGCACGCAUAAAGGUGUUGCAAGAUCUCGCCUGCAUCUCCUGCGAUACGACUUGUGUUAUGCGCACGAUGGAGAAAUCGAAAGUGGCAAAACUACCGAAUGCGCACGCCAGCAACUUAUUGAGCCCGCUGAUCACCUAUGAAAUUGGCUCGAUACGCAAGUCAGGCAUUAUGGGUUACUAUCGCAAAGAUGAGUUUCCACAUGCGCCAAACGCCUGGUUAAACCAACAAAAGGUAUCGAUGAAAAUGUGCGUGCCACGUCAUGCAGGUGGCGCGCACACCACCCACACAGCAAGGGAACAUUUCGAGAAAGUAGUGGUUAAUAAAAAAUAAUGCGCCUUUUUUUACAUUCAUCUAUUCGUACACAAUUACGGUUAGCUUUAAUGCGCUUGGUGCAGUUUUAAUUUUCGCUAUUUUAGUAUGUCUUUGAAAAAUGCCUUCGAAAAUCGUACGUCUAGAUGAGCGAGUAGUCUAACAACAAGCUGACCCAAAUUUGAUUAACGUAGUAUCUAUUGGUAUGGAAAAGGCGAUCUUCCAUAAUUUGCUUUCGAAUUCAUUUAUACAUAUAUUUUUUUAACUAAAAUGCAAGAAAUCGAUUAGUGCGGAAUAAAUAUAACGAUUUUAGA